GGUCUGAGGGAAGCGGGGAGCCGCCGCGGCGGGACCUUCGACGGGCAGCGGCAGGAUGUUCUCCCGGAGGGGGCAUGCCGACGUCAGGAAGUCCACCCAGAAAGCGCUGGACCCGCGCAAGGACGUCCUGACUCGCCUCAAACACCUCCGGGCGCUGAUGGAUGCUGUGGAUGGAAGUGAACUUAAACCAUUCUUUGAAGCUAAUUAUUCUCAGAUUUAUUUUAUCUUCUAUGAAAAUUUCAUAACACUGGAAGCUAGCUUGAAACAAAAAGGAAACAAAUCGCAGAGGGAAGAGCUGGACUCCAUUCUCUUUCUUUUUGAAAGAAUAUUACAACUACUACCAGAAAGGAUAUUCUUUCGGUGGCAUUUCCACAGCAUAGGGUCAGUCUUGAAGAAACUUUUGCACACUGGAAACUGUCUUAAGAUAAGAUGUAAAGGGAUCAGAUUGUUUCUCCUCUGGCUGCAAGCUCUCCAGACAAAUUGUGCAGAAGAACAGCUGCUAAUCUUUGCCUGCCUUGUUCCUGGUUUUCCUGCAGUGAUGUCAUCAAAUGGUCCAUGUACACUGGAUACCCUCAUUAGCCCUCCUCUCAACAUGCCAGAUGCAAAGAUUUAUCCUGAAGAAAUAACACCUCUUCUACCGCACGCUACGGGUGAAAAAAUUGCUGAGGAUUCAACUUGUUACUUUCUUAAGAUACUGUUAAAAUACAUGGUAAUCCAGGCUGCCAGCCUGGAAUGGAAGAAUAAGGAGAACCAUGAUACUGGCUUUAAGUUUCUCUUUGCCUUGUUCCAACAGUAUUAUCUUCCUCAUUUAUUUCCAUCUUUUACAAAACUAACCAACCUCUACAAACCUGUGCUUGACAUCCCUGGCCUGCGACCCAAGCCAGCAUAUAUCAGUACAACUUGUAACAAUGAGAAUGUUUAUACCACAAAGAUUCCCUAUAUGGCUGCUCGUGUAGCUUUUAUUAAAUGGCUGGUGAACUUUUUUCUGGAGAAGAAAUAUUUCACAGCAGCGCAAAACUCAAAAAAUGGAGGCGAGGUUUUGCCCAGAAUCAUUCAAACUGUGGGCAGCUCAGUUCAAGAUAAAAACCCUGAAAUGCAGAACAGUGUCCCAUCAGAUCCGGAGAAAAACCAUUCCGAUCACAGCCUCUUGCCUGAGAGGAGGCUCAGCGAUUCCAGCUUCUGCAGCAUUGAAGAGCAACAUCAGGCUGUGUACAAGAUGGUGCAGCAAGUCCUCUUGUCUACACGAGGCUACAUCAAUUUUGUCAACGAAGUGUUUCGCCAGGCUUUUUUACUGCCCUCAUCAGAGAUAUCAUCAACUGAGAAGGUAGUGAAGGUCUACAGGAAGUGGAUAUUGCAAGAAAAGCCGGUGUUCAUGGAAGAACCAGAUGUGAAGGAAACUGUUCAAGAGGAUGAUAACAACUUGGACUCUUCGGCAGCAGAGACAGAUGGGAAACAGCUCACAUUUGGCCAUAAAAGGUCCUCCAGUUGGGGAAGAACCCACUCCUUCUCUAGUGCUGUUAGCAGAGGAUGCGUAUUAGAAGAUGAAAACAAGAACGUUAAAGCAGGGGUUCAAGCGACACUACAGGUGUUCCUGACAAAUUCUGCAAAUGUGUUUUUAUUGGAGCCCUGCACUGAAAUUCCUGCACUCCUGAAGGAGCAUGUUGAUGCUUGCCAAGCAGUCUUGAGUAUAUUUAGACGCAUGAUAAUGGAGCUUCCCAUGAAUAAAAAAACCUGGGAGCAAAUGCUACAAGUACUGCUUAGGAUAACAGAAGCUGUCAUGCACAAACCGAAGGAUGGACAAAUUAAAGACCUGUUCGCUCAAAAUUUAGCAGAAUUGCUAUUCCGGACUCUGAUUGUGGCGUGGAUCCGAGCAAACCUGAGUGUUCAUAUUUCUCGAGAGCUGUGGGAUGAGUUGCUUCGUGUGCUGUCCUCCCUUACGGACUGGGAGGAACUGGUAACAGAAUGGGCUAACAUAAUGGAUUCUCUAACAUCUGUUUUGGCAAGAACAGUGUAUGGAGUUGAAAUGACCAAUUUACCUCUGGAUAAACUAAGUGAGCAAAAGGAGAAGAUACAAAGAGGGAAAGGUGGUGUUUUGGAACUUCAGAAAACAGCUACGGUUGGCAGAUCUUUUUCUUUAAGUUGGAGAAAUCAUCCGCAAGUUGUAGAACCUAUGAGGUUUCGGAGUGCUACCACCUCAGGAGUGCCAGGCAUUGAGAAAACAAGGAAUGCGGUGCGACAAAGAACUACAGAAGUGGAGGAAUAUCAGCAACCAGAAAAUGGAACAGGAACUGAGUACCAGCAGCCAGAAGGUUUCGUAGGAAUGGAAUGCAAUGGUUCAUUUUUAGACCAGGAACAACAAUUAGCUCGAAGCAGCAGUGCCUCUGAUAUUCGAGACCAAUGCAGUUCUGAUAUUUUCCAAGUUAGAAAAACAGAAAGCUCACAGAAUUUAACUUCAGAUUCCCAGUAUGUUCAAGAAAUUAAAACAACAGUGACUAGGGAAAGCUCCACCCAACAAGCAGGGAAUGAUCCAACUGAAUUAGAUCCCAAAACUGAUGUGCAGCAUUUGUGUGAGAGUCACAAGGAAAAAGAAAAGACUGAAAGUGUGAGCAGUGAUAUGUCCAUUGGAUACAACAGUGAAGUAGACAUCACACUGGUUCCCUGGCAAGCAUGCGAAGAAGACCAUGAUGCCAACAUGCCAACGGAUAUAUCUGUUGACCCAGACACAUGCCAUUGGUUACCACUGAAUCCUUCAGAUGGCACAAAUUUAACAGACAGCACUGAAUUCCUUGCUGAUGACUGCAGUAUAAUUGCUGGUGGGAAUCUCACUGGGUGGCAUCCUGAUUCUGCUGCUGUAUUAUGGCGAAGAAUAUUGGGAAUUCUUGGAGAUGUAAACAGUAUUCAGUCUCCUAAAAUACAUGCCAGAGUUUUUGAAUAUCUUUAUGUGCUGUGGUACAAAUUGGCAAAGAUAAGAGACAAUCUUGCGAUCAGUCUGGAUAACCAGUCAACUCCCUCACCUCCCAUUUUAAUCCCGCCACUCAGAAUAUUUGCAUCAUGGUUGUUCAAAGCUACGACUUUACCAGAUGAAUAUAAGGAAGGGAAGCUACAUGCAUACAAAUUGAUAUGUGCCAUGAUGACCAGGCGCCAAGAUGUUGUGCCAAAUCCUGACUUUCUAGUUCAUUUUUAUCUGGUUAUGCACAUUGGAUUAACUAGUAAAGAUCAGGAUGUUUUAAAUACUGUCAUCAGGCACUGCCCGCCCUACUUUUUCUUCUUGGGCUUACCUGGCUUCACGUUGCUGAUAGGAGACUUCAUAACAGCCGCAGCCAGAGUGCUGAGUACGAAAAUGUUGGAAGCUCCUCGCUUCGAAGCUCAUACCAUUCUGGGUUCUCUGGUUUGCUUUCCAAAUCUGUAUCAAGAAAUCUCACUGUUGCAACCUGUUGCGGAAGCAGAAAUCAUCACAGGAACUGCAGAUGUCAAAUGCUGCCUCAUAAAUAUUAUUUUGAAGAAUGCUACAGAUGAACCAAGUGAAGCUGCAAGAUGCUUAUCUCUGUGCUGUCUUGGGCUUUGGAUAUGUGAAGAAUUAAUGCAGUGUACAAACCACCCUCAAGUGAAGGAUGCAAUAAAUGUUUUAGGUGUGACAUUGAAGUUUUUUAACAAGCAGAUUGCUCAAUUUGCAUGUGAUACCUUCCAACUUCUGACGUCUUACUGGGAAAAACUGCACAGAUAUGAACCUUCUCUCCCAAGAAAAAUGAUUGAAAUCAUCAUUGCUACUGUUUCGUUUCUGUUGCCUAGUGCAGAGUACUCCUCUGUGGAAAGUGAUAAGAAGUUUAUAGUUUCAUUAUUGCUUUGCCUACUGGAUUGGUGUAUGACCUUGCCCCUCAAAAUGCUGCUGGAGCCUGUGAAUACAUCUAGCCUUGAUGAUCAAAAUUCUUCCAAUGCUCCAUUGCUUGAUUACAUCUAUAGGGUUCUGCACAGUUGUGUUUAUGGCUCAAGUACACAUACCCAGCAAAGCCAUUAUUUGUUAAGUCUAGCAGACCUUUCCAGUGACAGCUAUGAUCCAUUUUUGCCACUUGGAAAUAUCAGGAAUUCUGAACACAUGCAGUUUCAGUCUUCUGCAGACCUGAGUAAUUUGCUGACUGUUGUUGAAGAAAGGAGGCGGAGAAGUUUGGAGCUGAUUCCUUUAACUGCACGAAUGAUUAUGGCUCAUCUAGUAAACCAUUUAGGCCAUUAUCCCCUCAGUGGAGGACCUGCUGUUCUUCACAGCCUUCUCAGUGAAAAUCACAACAACUGUUACGUGGAAUCUUCUGAACUGUCUUCUGAAGUUUUCAGAAGCCCAAACUUACAGCUCUUUGUAUUUAAUGAUAGUACUCUUAUGUCCUACCUCCAGAUUCCUUCAGAAAGGGUAGUAGAUGAUGAAACUACAAGAACCUUCUCAGAAGUAAGAGUAAUUGUUAGGGAUAUUUCAGGGAAGUACUCUUGGGAUGGAAGACUCAUCCACGGACUAUUAACUGGUGGUCUUCCAAUUCAAAAUAAACAAAACUCCACUGCCAUUUGGGACGAUCAUAAACAGAAGUUUGAAUUUCCAACAGACUUCAUUCAAACAUAUGAAGGAGAAGACGUGCUUGACAAGCUAUUGGCAAGGAUUGGUAACAGUAGCCCGGAGUGCCUUUUACGUCCUCAGCUCAAACUAAAUGAGCCUUCACCAUCACCCUCCAUCAUGAGCCAUGACCAAGAGAAUGCUAUCUUAGAAGCAGUAAUGCAACAGAGUUGCAUAGAGAAUGUGCAUGGAUGCACUUUGAAUCUCAGGAUGAAGGUGGAAAGUCAGGCAGCACCAUUGCCUACCCAAUCGCAAGCACCAUUUCACUUUUGUAGGCUGUUGCUGAACGAUUUAGGAAUGAACUCUUGGGAUAAAAGAAAAAGUUUCCAUAUAUUGAAGAAAAACUCAAAACUGUUGAGAGAGCUGAAAAAUUUGGACUCCAGGCAAUGCCGUGAAACUCACAAGAUUGCAGUGUUUUACAUUGCUGAAGGACAAGAAGAUAAAUGUUCCAUUUUGUCCAACCCAAGAGGUAGCCAAGCCUAUGAAGAUUUUGUGGCUGGACUAGGUUGGGAGGUUGAACUUUCAACUCACUGUGGAUUUAUGGGUGGCCUUCAGCGAAAUGGGAGCACAGGGCAGACAGCACCUUACUAUGCUAGUUCAACAGUGGAAGUUAUUUUCCAUGUGUGCACACGCAUGCCAUCUGAUUCUGAUGAUUCACUGACCAAAAAGCUUCGACACUUGGGGAAUGAUGAGGUUCAUGUUGUCUGGUCUGAACAUACCAGGAAUUAUCGCAGGGGCAUAAUCCCAACAGAUUUCGGAGAUGUUUUGAUUGUUAUUUAUCCGAUGAAGAAUCACAUGUUUUUCAUAGAGAUCAUGAAGAAACCAGAGGUGCCAUUUUUUGGUCCUUUAUUUGACGGAGCAAUCGUGACCUCAGCACUGCUGCCAAAUCUUAUACGUGCCACAUGCAUCAAUGCCAGCAGAGCCGUGAAGUCUCUUAUAACUCUCUAUCAGAGCUUUUAUGAAGAAAGAGCUCUGUAUCUUGAAGCAAUAAUCCAGAAUCACAAAGAAGUGAUGACGUUUGAGGAUUUUGCUGCUCAGGUCUUCUCUCCCUCUCCCAGUUACUCUCUCAGUGGAUGUGGUUGUGUCGCUACAAGUUUGAGUGCUAAUCUCAGAGCACCAGUGGCGACAGAGCGGGCAGAGACGUUGUCACCAAAUUUCACAAGUGCUACAAAAAGCCGCCUCUCUGGGAAGUUGCACCGCUCUGCCAGUGUUCUCUGCAAACCUUCAACUUAAAGCACUUUCAAGACCGAAGACAGUUUCCUUUCCAAGUCUCCCUUUAUAUUAACUCUAUUAGCGUAUGAAUGGAACUGGUAACUCUGAGAGCCUGUGUAAUGAAGUAUUUUUUUGCUAUGAAAUCAUCAUUGCUUUAAAUUUUCAUGUUGCUCACCUGAGAAAUGCAACACGUAUGUCACUUGGAACAAUGAAGUCAAACUUAAGACUGUGAUUGGCAAGGUUGCUAUUUGACAAAUUACUUUCCUUCUUGAUUUACUGUAGCCACAAUCUCACAUCACAGGAAAAGGACGUAGACCAAAACCCAGCUUUCUAGUUUCCUG